AUGCCUGCCAUCGAUGUGAUGUCCACACUGGGUCGGCUUGACCUCGUUCUAUACCUUCAUAACAAUGGGGCCAUGGCCACCACCAAUGCCAUGGACUAUGCCGGCUCUUUCGAGUUGAUCCAAUUCCUUCAUCACAAUCGUACUGAGGGCUGCACAAACAAGGCCAUGGACUGGGCCGCCGAGCACAACAUGUUGGAGUCAGUCAAGUUCUUACAUUACAACAGGACGGAAGGGUGCACCCCUGAUGCUAUGGACGACGCCGCGCUCAAUGGACACUUGGAGAUCAUCAAGUUCUUGCACGUUAACAGGACCGAGGGAUGCACCGCCAUUGCCAUGAGCUUCGCGUCGCGUAAAGGACAUCUUGACAUCAUAGAGUAUCUACAUCACAAUCGAAUAACAGUACAGUUUUAUAGUGACACCAUGAGUGUCGCAGCACAGAUAGGACGUCUGGAUAUUGUCAAGUUCCUCCAUUAUAAUCGCACUGAGGCCACAAGUGUGUGGUCCAUGAACUUGGCUGCGGAUAGAGGCCAUCUCGACGUCGUGGAGUUCCUGCACACACACCGCAAUGAGGGUUGCACGACCAAUGCCAUUGACGAUGCUGCAGGCAAUGGACAUCUUCAGGUAGUGCGCUUCUUGAACGAGUCGCGCACAGAAGGCUGCACGAUCAAGGCAAUGAAAGAGGCAAGCCAUAAUGGACAUCUGGAUGUAGUACAGUAUCUUCACGCGCUGGGCAAGCCGUGCACGAGCGAGGCAAUGGACAAGGCUGCCGAGGAAGGACACUUGGAAGUUGUCAAGUUCUUGUCGAUCAAUCGGACUGAGGGCUGCACACACAAGGCCAUAGACUGGGCCGCAAAGAAUGGCCAUCUCUCAGUUGUAGAGUACCUCCAUCGACAUCGAACAGAGGGGUUCACAGCAAAUGCAAUAUUAACAGCUGCGGAACAUGGACACAUGGAUGUGGUGCGCUAUCUACACGAGCGAUGUCAGCCAGUAUUGAAUGACAAUCAUUCACCAAUGGAUUGCGCCGCAUAUGGAGGACACCUAGCCGUGUUUGAAUACCUUCAAGAGCAUAAGAUUGGAAGGUGCACUGAACAAGCGAUGAACUUGGCCGCCCAAAAAGGACAUCUAGACAUGGUGAAGUACCUGCAUCAACAUCGCACCGAAGGAUGUACCAAGUUGGCGAUGGAUGAUGCGGCCAAGCGUGGCCACUUAGAUAUUGUGGAGUUCCUGCAUAAAAAUCGCACAGAGGGAUGCACGCCAGAGGCGUUUGACUUUGCCGCCAGGCAAGGAUACCUGGAUGUUGUGAAAGUUCCUCCACUUCAAUCGCACUGA